UGCCGGAAUGAGAUGGGAGGGGGGCCCCUUGUAGCUCCUGGGGCUGCCACAGUUGGUCUGUUAGUUAGUGGGACCAGUAACUUUCCCCCAGAAGCUCCUUACCACCUGCCUUCAUCUGCAACACGCCCCCACGUUUGCUGAUUUGCUGGCGGCACCAGCACAAGUGAGCUAUGAGAACCCCUCUGUAAUGUGAUCAGACCUGCUGGGCUUCUUCUCCGGCCUCCCCUGAAUUACACUGACUGAGACUUCCAGGAAUUUCCCCCACAGCCCUGAGGACUUUUGUUCUUUCUUCUUCAGAGUCAGGAAGUGGGAGAGGAGGUGGGGUGGAAAGGAGAAUCCUUUGCCUUCUACCAAAUGACCUCAAAUCGGAAGAUGUCAGGCUUUUAAAGAGACCCGGUGGCUCGUCACUCCACAUUCGGUAGAUAAUACUGUGCGAAGAGCUCAAGUUAUCUGAAGCUCUGUGUGAAAUGGGAACCAGCCUUUGCUGUCUGGGAGCAAUGCCAAUCACCUUUCUCCCUGGCAGGCCACCGAAGAUGUGUUUAUUUCAUGUACGACCCUUUAAAGUUAAAAGUCACUCCUAGAUUCCUUCUGCCCCCAUCUCACGCCCCCACGAGUGUAAUUCUUAUUUCCCUCUGCCCAUAGCCAGUCCAGGGAAGUGCGAUGUGCUAUGUAAAAUCAUCAGAAAUUGUCUGACUUAACCCAGCGAACAGCCACCCCACCAUCAGCCUUCCCCCCCCCCUUCGAUAAUCUUCUUCUUAGGCGUGUUGCAAGGGGGGUUGUCCUUAGCUGUGUCUGUGUAUGCCCAGAGGUAGAGAUAACCCUGAAAUGAAAACAAGGGGGCCGCCCAACAGGAAGAGAAAUCAAGCGGAGGAGCAGCAGUCCGAAGGCUGUGGGUUCCAAGCCCGGCUAGCAGGUUGCGGGGCUCGCCAGCAAGAGCAGAACCACUUCUAGGGCGCAGGCAAGGUGCAGGCGUGAGCCGAGCAGCGCGAUCAGAAGAGCUUGGGGGGUGGGGGGGCGGAGUGAGGCCCGAGAAACCGCCCCGGCCAAAGGAGCCGUCCUUCCAGACCAGAAGGCAAUUUGCUACGAUCCUCUGGCGUCUUGGAUGCAAAUGAGACGGGCUUCCUGGAGGCGGGGCCGAGCCCGGCGCGCUCCGCCGGCCGCGGCGAUUCCGCACCGGAGGCCCGAAGGAAGACCAGGGCGCGCGCGAGAAGCAUCUCUGGCCCGUCGCCGAACCAACGAGGAUGGCCGCGACCCCGAAGCAGAGGAUACAUGAGGAUUAAAGGACCCCGGGGAAAGAAACCCCUCUGGAAAAGCUGUUGAAAUUCAAGACUGGGCAAAGAGGUCGCUUCAGCCUGGUGGUUUCGGGCACCGAUCGUUUCUCAGUCCUUGGAAAGAGAUUCCUUCCCCGGGGAAGUGAAAAAUAAUGAACUUUUGGAGGUAUUGCUUUUUUGCCUUCGCUGUGUUCAGUGUGGGUGUUUUGGUGAUACUUUACAAUAGCCAACUGAGCCCGCCGAAAACUUUCGGGAAACUGAAUGGUUCCAGUGAAAGGGAUUUGAAAAUCCAUGCCUGUAAUUGCGCCUUGGAAGAUAAGCCAUCCUUUCUGUGGGAAAAGACAUUGACGUCAGGGGUGGGACGUGCCCCCUGCAAGGACUACCGGAUCCAGAGUCACUACAUCACAAGCCCCCUGUCCAAAGAAGAAGCUGCCUUCCCUUUGGCAUACGUCAUGGUCAUCCAUAAGGACUUUGACACUUUCGAAAGGCUCUUCAGGGCUGUCUACAUGCCCCAGAAUAUCUACUGUGUCCAUGUGGAUGAGAAAGCCACCUCCGAGUUUAAGAAGUCUGUGUGGCAGUUACUGAGUUGCUUCCAGAAUGCUUUUCUUGCCUCAAAGAUAGAGCCCGUGGUCUACGCAGGAAUUUCCAGGCUCCAGGCGGACCUGAACUGCCUGGAAGACCUUCUAGCUUCUGAAGUCCCGUGGAAAUACGCCAUCAACACCUGCGGGCAGGACUUCCCCCUGAAAACCAACAGGGAGAUCAUUCAGUAUCUGAAAGGAUUUAAAGGGAAAAACAUCACCCCGGGGGUGCUGCCUCCCGAUCAUGCUAUUAAGCGGACGAAAUAUGUCCACCAAGAGCACUUAGGCAGAGAGGGCUCUUUUGUGAAAAACACUAAUGUUUUGAAACCCCCCCCUCCACAUCAGCUGACCAUCUACUUUGGCACCGCCUAUGUGGCGCUUACCCGGGAGUUUGUCAACUUUGUCUUCCAAGACCAAAGGGCCAUCGAUCUACUCCACUGGUCCAAAGACACCUACAGUCCUGACGAACACUUCUGGGUGACGCUUAAUAGGAUUCCAGGUGUCCCUGGCUCCAUGCCUAACGCGUCGUGGGCUGGUAACCUCAGAGCUGUGAAGUGGAUCGACAUGGAAGAUAAACACGGAGGCUGCCAUGGCCACUACGUCCAUGGCAUCUGUAUCUAUGGAAACGGAGACUUAAAGUGGUUGAUGAAUUCAUCAAGCCUCUUUGCUAACAAGUUUGAGCUCAGUACCUACCCUCUUACCGUGGAAUGCCUAGAACUGAGGCUUCGAGAAAGAACCCUAAAUCAGAGUGAAAUUGAAAUACAGCCCAGCUGGUAUUUUUGAUCGGCUGCCACUCACAGGUGAAGGGAAAUCACAGCUGGGAAGGAAAACCUUUCUUUGCCUCCGUCUCAGGACCUGACUCCAUUUUUACAUUUAAACUCUCCCCUGGACACUGUGAAAUAUAUUGUCACGAGGGUUGCCCAGGGUGCUCCUGGCACUCUGGUCCCUCUGGCAGUUUUGUGUGUUUUGGUUUUUUUUUUUUUGUC